UAUUUCUCCUUCUCUCUCUAAAUAGUAUCAUGUCUUCUCCCCCAUUCUCUUUCUCUCUCACACACACAGAAACACACACAUAUAACCGUUAGUUGUCAAUGGAGAAAAAUGGAAACAAUGGCAGAUUCAGAUAAUAAUAUUAGUAAUAGAAGAAGAAGAAGAAGUAAUAGUAAGUGCGCAAAGCUUUUCUUCUGUUUCAACUCUUGUUUCUUCUCUUCUUCUUCAUCUUCUUCAUCAUCAAUGAAGAUCUCCAGAUCCAUUCUCAGUCCCGCCCGUCACAAAGACCAUCCCUUCUCUCUUUCUUCUUCCCUCACCCGCCGUCUUACUUCCAACGGUAGUAUCAAGGGAGCCCAAUCUCCCUUCUACCCCACCGCCACCGCCGCCGCAGCCACUUCCAAGAAGCGCGGUGGAGCUACUUUGGAUAACCCAGAACCAUCUUCCCCUAAAGUUACUUGUAUUGGUCAAGUUCGUGUUAAAUCUAAGAAGAAGAAGCAUGGUCGUAAGCUACGAACUCCUUCCCGCCGCAGAAGCGGCGGGGCAGAUGGAAGCUUUCGACGGAGUGAUAACUGGGGUUCGGCUGAUUUGAAUUGUAAACAGGCUAGUUUUACGGAGAAUAGGCAUCGGACUCAGAGAUGGGUUCAUCUUCCGUUGACUAUUUGUCAGGGUUUGAAGGGUUCUUGUUGUUUUUCUUCUUCUUCGUCGAGGGAAAGAGAGAGUAAGAGGGAGAAGAGUAUGAGAAGCGAUUUGGAAGUGGAGGAGCAGGAGGAGAUUGAGAUUGGUAGGGAGAAAUUUGAUCAAGAUGUGGAGGAGGUAGUUCAAGAAGAAGAAGAUGAUGAAGAAGGAGAAGGGAGAUUGAGUUUUUCUGUCCCGCCGAAGAACGCUCUUUUAUUAAUGAGGUGCAGAUCUGAUCCGAUGAGAGUGGCAGCUCUCUCCCGUCGAUUGUUGGAAUCUCCUCUCCUCCCAGAUGGUAUGAAUUUGGAAGGUGGGGAAGAAGAGUCUGAUCCUGUAGAUGAUGUUGGAGGAGGAGGAGGAGAAGGAGAAAUCAAUGAAGAAUCAGAAGCAGUAACAAUGGUGGAAGAUGAGGAAAAACAGAGAGAGACAGAGCAAUUUGAUGAAGAUGACUCGAUAAUGGAUGGACAAAAGGAAGAAGAACAUCAAGAAGAAGAAGUAGAUAGCGAGAAGAUAAGUUCAACAAUGGCGGAAGAUGAAGAUGAAGAAGAAGAAGAGAAGGAAGUUUAUGCAGAUUCAUCAUUGUCUGCUGCUGCUGCUGUUGCAUCAGAAGAAGAAGAGGCGCGUGAAUCGGCGUCGUCCGUGCGUUCAGAUUCAGAAAGUAAUGAAGAUUUAGAAAAGGAGUCAACGAAAGAGAUUGAAACUGUAAAAGUGAAAGCGACAGGUGAAAGAAUAGUAGGGUCAGAAGAUGAAGAAGAAGAAAAAGAAACUUUAGAUCGUGAAAACGAGACCGGCGACGGAGCAAUGUCGGUUCUACCGGAUUGUUUAUUACUAAUGAUGAGAGAGCCAAAGGUAUCAAUGGAAGUAUCAAAAGAGACAUGGGUAUGCAGCACUGAUUUCAAGCGAAUUCUACCGGAGAGACGUCGUCCGGCGACCAACAAAACCCUACCCGCCGGCGAUGAGGACCCGACGACAAAGAAUACUAAGAGGGUUGACGGUGCCUUAAGUCUCUCGUCGUCUUCGUCGUCGCGAGCACCAAAGCCGGCGGCGGUGAAGCAACGGCAACAAACGCAGCAGCAGCAGGCAGGACGAUCAUCGUGUUCUCUCCCGGGGCCGAUAUCAACGGCGGAGAAGUUGCCACGGUGUAAGUCGGAGCCGAGGACGGCGGCGGCUAAGUUGAUGGCGGCGGCGCCGUCGUCGGAGACAUGUAUGUGGAAGAGUAGAAAAGUGGAGCAGUUGCGGCGGAGUACGGCGGAAGUGGUCGGUCCGGCGGCGGGUGUUGGGUUCUAAAUAAAACAUUGGAAACUGUUGUGGGGGGUGUUUUGGUAAAUUUAGCUAUCACUCUCAUUCAUACUAUAAAUGAUACAAACACCCUGGCCUGCUUAUGCUUGUACAUUUUCUUCUUGUGGAAUUUCCCACUAUAUUUUGAAAAACCUAUUAUAAUAAUAAUGUUGUUUAAUUAAAUCUCAAUAAAAAUGAGUUUUAAUUUUCAAUUUAUUU